AGAGAGAGAAAAAAGUGAUUAUUUUGUCUAAGAAAGAGGUUCAUAUGUUUUCUUCUCACCUCUUUUAUCAAAUGAUAUUAUGGUAUAUAUUUGAUAUUGAUGGGUUUGUGUAAGGUUUUUGUCUAGAUAGAGAGAUUUGAAAGUUGUUAUUUGUAAUAGAGUAAGAAUAGUUUUAUCAUAUAUCAUAUAUGGGUAAGAAACCACAAAAAACAAAGGAAGUUUGGGCAGCAAUAGCUGAAGCAUCAUCAACAAUAGAUGAACAACAACCUCAACCUACAAGAAAAAGAGGUAGACCUCGUAAGAUUGUUGUGAAGAUGGAAAGUUCAGAAGAAAAAGCAGAAGAAAACAAAGAAGAAGGAACAAAAACAUCAUCAGAAGUAGAAGCAUGCAUGGUUAGAAAAGAAGAGGGAGGUGAACAAGAGAUUCAACUUGUUCCAAAAGGUGUGUCUGUGUCUGUGUCUUGUAGAAGCAGCAGAGCUAGGCGUAAAAGCAAACCCAUAAAGAGUAGUACUCAAUAAUAUUUUUAUUUUUAUAUUUUAUCACUCUGCUUAUAAUUAAUUAAUGAUUACUGCUUUCAUUAAGAAAUUAUUAGCUUCUUCA